AUGAUCAUUAUUCAUUUUUUUGCGCAAAAGAUAUCGGUUUGUCACACUUGAAUUCGUCCAAUUCCAUAAUUAUUCAAUAUUCUCAGAAAAAUAUGGAAAACACAAAUAGUCUGGUUGGAGCUGAAAUUCACAGGAGAAAAUCGCAUAGAAAAAUAAUAUGUCGUUAUUGUAAGAAAUCGAUCGAUCGAGAAUUCACGACUACAGUUCCAUAUCUUCCGAAUAUUCAAGCAAAAUGGAUUGCGAUUCUUGGAGAGAGAUUUGCUGAAAAUUUGAAGAAGUUCCAUCAAGUUGGAUCGAAGGAUUUUGGCCGAAUUUGUUUGAGACAUUUUGAGGGAGAUUUGAAACGACGAAAACAAAAAGAACUUCCAAUUCGAAUGAGUGAAAAAGAAGAAAAUGAAUUGCGAAACGAUGAAAAAGUUAUUGAUGAAGUAAGUUAUUAAAUAUAACCCUAAUUUUCCAAUUGUACAAUUGAGUGUUUUCAGUCGAAUCCAAAAAAGUGCUAUAAAUGUUGUUAUUGCGAAGAGAGUCUCAAACAAGAAUUUUUGACACGAAUUCCCUAUGAUCGAAGUGUUCGUGAAAAAUGGAUCGAAAUACUUGGAACUCGUUUUUCUGAAAAUAUGAAGAAAGUUAAGCAUGGAUAUAUUUGUCGAUCACAUUUCGAUGGAAAUUUCAAACAUCGAACAAAACAACAAUUUCCGAAUGGAAAAAAUGAAGAUAAUUGUUAUUUUCAAGAAAUCAACGAUUUAUUGAUGAAUGUUCCGAAAAAUGAAGAUUAUGAAGUCGAAGCUAUUGUGAAAGAAGAUGCAGAAAUUAUGAAUAUUAAAAAUGAAGAAGAGUUUAUAAAUGAUCAAAGUUAUGAAGGCUCCUCGACAAGGGUAUGUGGUCUUUGAAAAGUUUGUGGACCAAAAGAGAUCUUAAAUUUUUGCAGGCAAAUCAAUCGAUUAAAAUGGAAUCUGAAAACCGAGUCGAAAACAAGAAUUUUUGUCGCUUUUGUGAAAUGGAAUUGAAUAGUUUAAUUGAAGCAGUUGAAAUUCCGAAAAAUACUGAAGAUUUUAUCAAAUGGUUGAAAAUUUUUGGAACAAAGUUUUCGGAAAAUGUUCUUGUUAACUCAAAACCUCACUUUAUUUGUAUGUCUCAUGUUUUUGAAAAAAAUUGGGAAAAUUGUUGAAUUUUUUAAUUUUUAUAAUGAAGCUUGUCGUUGGAGUUUUAUAUUUUGAAAUUCUUUCCACGGUUCGAGCCGAUCCGAUAUUAUUUCUUAAUUCAUAUGAAAAUCUUAUAAAGAGUUUUUAAUAAAAAUAUUUUUUUCGAAUGAGCUCUAGUGAAGAAGAGGAAAAUGAAGUAUUGUUCAUCCUGCUGAAUUGAUGAACAGGAGACUGACCGAAAAAAGAAACAAAACGAAAAAAACGAAAUUUUUCUCCCGCAGGAGCCGAAAAAAAAUAUCAAACAACCUUGUGCGCUCUAAUGAUAAUUUCAACUUCUCGUGCACACUCGUGUAUUUCUCCCAGGUUACAAAUAAUUUGUUUUCGUUUUUUUGUUUUUUUCUUCCAUUUUUUUCCGUUUUUCUUGGUUUUUCAAUGAAAAACCGAAUAAUAACUUGAUAAAUAACUUUGAUCAAUGCUAUAUUUUCGUUUUUCUUUCAGUAACAUCAAUAUGGGCGAUUCUAAUUCGCAGAAAUCCAGCGAAAACCCGAAGAACACUGAUACGACGGAAAAAACAGACAAUGUUGGCAUCAAUCUGGUGGCCAACCUUUUCAAUUCUGGAGCUUUCAGUCGAUUUUCACAAGCUACUGCUGGCCAAUACUGA